GCUGCCCUGCGGCCGACCAGCCCGCCCUCCACGUCCCCUGCGGGGCCUAGCGGGUCGCCAACACUCCUCCAUCCCACCCCUCAACGCCUCCCGCCAACUCUCCCGCUCGCCUCCCCUUCGUGGGGGUCCCAGCGUGUUCUGCGCAGUCGAAGGUGCCAAGAGGGCAAGUGACUGGUCCAGAGUCACAAGAGAAUACUGCCCUUGGCACAAGCACUUUCACCAAGUAGAUUGUGGGGAAGAGGAGGACGCGCCUUCCAACAAAAAGAGAGAUUCCACGGAAAAGACCGUGAGGAGUUCUGUAAAGGAGAGGAUGAGGAAGGAGCUGCAGAAACUUCGACUAGCGUACACACACACACACACACACACACACACACACACACACACACACACACACACACACACACAGAGGGGGGUUGCCUCCCUGGGGCGCCCACUGUCCCGCCUCCCUGCCACAGAAUCUGGCUGGAGCCCUCGUGUCCUGUCUCUAUCCCUGUUCUCCCUCUCAGAGCCCAACUGCUGUCACUCCGUGAUCUGCCGAGGAGGAGGGAACUGCAGUGAUAGUAAGGAGAGGCCAGGCAGAGCUGUGGGACACAAACAGAGGGAAGGAGGUGCCCACACUCGGUGACAGACCCAUAGGGAGGACAGAGGAGCAGGGCAGGAGGUACUGGAAGCCUGAAGCAGAGGAGGGAGAGCAGAAGACAAGGAAAGCUGAGAGUUACAGAGGUACCGAGCCGUGAUGGCCACCAACCGGCACAACCCCAAGCUGCCCUUGGCCCUGGUGCUUCUGACCCUAGGGGCUGGGUGGGCUCAAGAAGGGUCAGAGCCUGUCCUGCUGGAGGGCGAGUGCCUGGUGGUCUGUGAGCCAGGCCGACCUGCUGCGGGGGGACCUGGAGGAGCAGCCCUGGGAGAGGCACCCCCAGGACGAGUGGCAUUUGCUGCAGUCCGAAGCCAUCACCAUGAACCAGCAGGGGAAACCGGCAACGGCACCACCGGUGCCAUCUACUUCGACCAGGUGCUGGUGAAUGAGGGUGGUGGCUUUGAUCGGACCUCGGGAUGCUUCGUGGCCCCUGUCCGUGGAGUCUACAGCUUCCGAUUCCAUGUGGUAAAGGUGUACAACCGCCAGACUGUCCAGGUGAGCCUGAUGUUGAAUACAUGGCCGGUCGUCUCAGCCUUUGCCAAUGACCCUGAUGUGACCCGAGAGGCAGCCACAAGCUCUGUGCUGCUUCCCCUGGACCCUGGGGACCGUGUGUCCCUGCGCCUUCGACGGGGGAAUCUCCUGGGUGGCUGGAAGUAUUCAAGCUUCUCUGGCUUCCUCAUCUUCCCACUCUGAGAACCCAAGCCUUUAAAAGACAGAUAUCUGGUGUCUGGCCACCCUGCCCUGCUCUGCCCUGCCCUGCCCCAGAAACAAGCAUCUUUGGAGCAAGAGAAAGGCCCCCUCAGGCUGCCUAUAGCCCACCUCCUUGCAUGAGAUCCUGUGCCAAACACCCAAGGCUAAGAGUAGACAAGAGCUAUAAGCUAUGGACUCUCUAGACAGAACACUCCUCACCAUUACCACACCAGUUGCCCUCCCAGCCUCCUGCUGCCCCUCUCCUGCCUCAGUUCUGGCUUUGGCAAAGCAGGAUUUGGCAAGAGGGAAGCUGACACUACUCCACAGGCUCCACUCCUCCUGUUCUCCACCCCAGCUUCCCGCUCAGUGCUAUUUGGUGACAGGUGGCACAGGUAAGCUUGACAGGCUCCCACAGGGGCCCAGAUGGACCAGCCGCAUCGUACCUGCAGACUCCAUCCUGUCAGGAGUCAGCUUGAGAGAGCUCAGCCAGCACCGUGUGAACAGGAGCUGACAGCCCAACCAUAAAAAGUGCGGGGAGGGCCACAGAGCAUCCAUAGCUGGAGAGAUGGGAUGGGGACAUGUGCCUACCCUGAACAUGAUAAACAUGCUGCAGAUAAACUGGGACAGUCAGCAGGCAGGAAUCCUGCCAUCCAUCUGUGCCAGGUCCCAAUGGACUCUGACCCUCAUCUGAUCCGAGGCAUGUGUGGGUGUGUGUGGGGGUGUAUGUGGGUGUGUGGGUGUGUGUGUUUGCUCUGACCAACAGGUGAAACCAGAGCAGGUAUACAGAGCUGGAGGCAUGCUCAAAGGUCACAUAUGAGCCAUAGAACAACACAUCAGUGACCAUGUGUCCUCUUGGCCACCUCCUAGAACUGCCCCACCUUUGGAAUCUGAGUUUCAGUCACUCCCCACUCUUGUUGGCACCUCUCUUCCUCCUGCUGCGUCUCAGCUAACUUCCCUGUACCCGCAGCCUGUCCGUAGCACCACUCUUACCUCCAUCCAUACUGUCUCGUUCUUCUUAAGUUUCCUGGUACCCAGGAGUCCAUGGUUCAUCCCUCUUCCUCCAGCAUCAGAAACUCUCUUCAUCCCAUGGUCCAGCAUGAAUGGGUCUAUCUGGAGAACUGUGGUCGGUGAGACGCUAUACUUCUCACUUUAGUUUGGAGCAGGAUUGGAGCACAUAUGGCAUGAUGAAGAGAAAAUAAAUUCAAACAGAAUAACAGUCAAAUUUUUAAAAGGCUAUAAUAGUACUCAAGUUAAACAAAUACCAGGACUGAGAGGGGGCGGUAUAGCUCAGGGGCAGCGCUAAUGUACAUGAAGCACCAGGAUUGAACUCCUGCACUGGGGUACAGGGUGGGGAGUGGGUGAGAAAGAGGUGGGGGAGCAUUUUUUUCAGCAUUUGCCCAUACUUUGUGAGCAGAAAGAAUAAUUUAAACAAGAUAAGAAAUCAUUCUGUCUCACAUGGACGAGUCCAGGAUGAACAGCCGCUCAUGAUCGCAAAAGCCCAGGCUCCCCUUCUGCAGUUCUGGCGUCCUUGGCCUGACACCUCGUGGCCCAAGAUGGCUUCUUGAGCUUCAGCAAUUACAUCAGCCCAGCAGUGCUGGAUAGAAGGAGAGAAGAAAGGGCAGGACUCCUUCCUUGAAAGGUUUUCUGAUAGCUGCAUAUACCAUUUCUGGUUACAUUUCAUUGCUAGAAUGUAAUCACACUAGGCCACACCAAGCCAGGACAGACUAGGAAACAAACUUACCUUUUUGUAGUAUUUUCUCUGUGUGUGUGUGUGUGUGUGUGUGAGCGAGACAGAGAGAGAGACAGAGACAGAGAGAGAGAGAGACAGAGAGAGAGAGAGAGACAGAGACAGAGACAGAGACAGAGACAGAGAGACAGAGAGACAGAGACAGAAAGAGACAGAGACAGAAAGAGACAGAGACAGAGAGACAGAGAGAGAGACAGAGAGACAGAGACAGAAAGAGACAGAGACAGAGAGAGAGACAGAGAGAGACAGAGACAGAGAGAGAGAGACAGAGACAGAGACAGAGAGAGAGAAAGAGAGUCAGAGGACAGCCUUGGAUGUUGGUCCUCACCUCCCACCAUGUCUGAGACAGUGAUUCUAAUGUAUUACUGUGUACAUCAGGCUAGUUCCUCUGGAAGCUUCUGGAAUUCUGUCUUCCCCUAGGAGACAAGGAUUACAGAUGCCUGGGUUAUGGCCAGCUUGUAUGUGGAUUCUAAGGAUGUGAACUCAAGUUAUCAGGCUCACACAGCAAGUGUUCUAACCACAGGGCCAUCUCCAUAGCCCAUAGACUUUAUUCUAGGCAACUGUGUCCAGCUCAAAGUCAGGAGUCUUACAGUAAGAAAGAAGAGUAGUUGGACAUUGGAAGAUUUUCAAAAUACAAUAGGCUAGAUCAGCUUGUAAACACCAACUGGUUUAAGAUGCUGUUUAUUUAUCACAGUUUCUGUAUGUCAGUUGUCUUGCAGAGUGUGACUAUUCUCUGAUUGAGGUUUCACAAAGUCAAAAAUAAGGUGGACGGCAGCGGUCUUCCUCACUAGAAUGGAAGAAGCCGCUUCCAAACUCAUAGAAUGCGGCUCCUUAGAUUGUAGCACUGAUGUCCCCAGUAUCCUGUUUUCUAGCCAAAAGCUGCAGGCCCAGCCCCACCCUUUGACUCUCCCCGACCUAUAGCUGCUACAUGUUUCUGACUUCCAUGGGAAAAGUUCUUGGAGUUUGAGGAUUCAGUGCUUAGACUAGACCCUCCCAGAAUAUACAUAAUAAUCUUUCUAUUUUAAGGUCCCCACCUGCAUGCAUAUGCAAAGUCCCCAUUCCAUGUAACAGCAUACUGAGAUGUCUUGGUGACAUCUCACAUAGGCUCUGAGAUAUCUGCAUACCACAGACUUUGAAUGUUGAGAAAAACACUUGGCACAGUUCACCCAUUGCGUGGAAAGAUGUGAGUCUGAGAUACCCAACAUAAAAAACCAACAUAGGUUUUUUUGGGUUUUUUUUAGUUUAUUUAUUUAUUUUUAUUUUUUAAUUAUACUCAUGAUAUUCAUUAAUUACACUCAUGAUAUUAAUUACAUUUGUGGUAUUCAUUGA